GCGUACCAAACUGGUCUGGAAGAUGCUGGGGCGGCUCCUUCGAAUGCGUUGAUGCAGCAGAUGUUGUCGCAGACGCAGGCUACAGCCACUUUGGUCACCGCCCUGCAGGCGGAACUGGAGGUCAUGAAGCAGGACCGAUCGACAGGCAGUGCAGAGCCAGCCCCUUGUGGCGGAGCGUUGUCCAAAGCAAGGGCCUUAGUGGGCCCCCCUCCGCCGGCCAGACAUCUACCGGGAGGAGUGUCGCCUCCGCCUCGCACCAAGGGAGCAGGAAGCAACGCAAGCGUGGACAACGAGGAGGCCGUCGACGGCGACAUGUCCACAGACCAGUUGCUGAAGAUGGCUUUGGUGAAGGCGCUUGGCGGUGGUGGCAAAGCCAAAAAGCGGUCCAAAGGCCCAGGGUUGCCUCUGAGCCAGUCUGGCUCGGAGUCCGACAACGAGGCGGCCACGGAGGAUCCUUUGCGGAAGUUAUCUGGUGCCAAGGGCUCGCUGUUGCUGGAGAGGCUCAAGGUUGCCAUGGAGCAACAGCCAGCUGCUUACAUAACGGCAAUAGAAGCCCUAGCUGCCGAUACCCUCGGAGAGUCCAGUCCGAGUGUGAUGACGGUCGAAAAAUAUGUGAAAGAGGAGUUGCCCAUGGGGCACGAAAAGUCGUUGGGCUACGCCACGUGGGGCAUCGCUCGCGCUGUGACAAUGUUGCGGGCUGGGCACCGCGAGAAAGCCCAUCUGAUUCUUCUCCUUCUGCUAGCUUCGAUCGAACAGUACCGCUUGGAUCAGAACUGGGGUGCCGCGUGGAAGCUGACUCAGUUAUUGAUGCCGCCUUUCGCCGAAUGGCGCGCCAAGGAUGCGAUGAUGAGUCAGCUGCGAGCCGAUUGUGCCCACACCAGGUUGGCACACCCCACCUGGUGUGCGGCCGUGAUAGCCAAAUUGCGAGACGAAGAAACGCUCACCAAGCGCCGUCAUGGAGGUGCCCCCGGCAGUCACAGCAACAGCCAAGGAGACCGACCGGAGCGCCCACCACGGGGCAGGGGCAGGGGACGCGGUACCCCCAAAAGUGCCGAGAAGUGA